AAAAGCUUUACAAGUUCCGUGAGAUCCAGCCAUGACUACAUAGCUUAGUACGAACGUAUUGCGUCCUUGUUGGCGAUAGGUGAUUAGCUUAGCUAGAAGCUAGAUCAUUAGGAACUAUUGUGGUAACACACCAUCGGGACUAACAUUAACGAUGGCAUCGGCGAUUAGAUCAGGGGCGAUAUUAAGAACAAAGUCAAAUAAAUAAUGUCUCGUGUUUGGCUCAUCAUUGGCGCCUCAUUUGGCUUCGGUUUAGAAUUGGUAAAGACUGCCGCAGCUCGCGGUGACCGCGUCCUCGCUGCUACUCGCAACCCUAGCAAGGUAGCUGCUCUGCCGGGCAUCACCGUCGUCCGUCUAGAUCAUAACGUGCCGCUACCACAAAUCCAAGCCGACAUCAAGGAGAUCCUAAAGAUUUAUGGCACUAUCGACGUUGUUGUUAAUAACGCCGGCUACGUACAAGCUGGCACGGUCGAGGAGGCAACGCCCGAAGAGACAGUUCGACAGUUCCAAGCCAACGUGUUCGGCCCUAUCAACGUCUGCCGUGCUAUUCUUCCACACUUACGUGAGAAGCGUUCCGGCACUCUUAUAACUAUUGGCUCCAUGGCCGCUUGGUUCUCAAUGGCAAGCUGCAACCUCUACAACGCAUCCAAAGCCGCUCUCCGACGUCUAACCCUCGGCCUCGGCGAUGAGAUCCGACCGUUCGGGAUUCAGCACUGUCUAAUCGAGCCAGGGUACUUCCGGACGGCGCUACUAAGCCCAUCAGGCAAUCUCGCGGGGACCAAUGACAGCGCCGCGCGCAUUGCCGACUACGCGGAUCUCGUAGCUAAGGCUAACGCCGACUUUGUAGGUUUUCACGGAAAUCAGCUCGGCGACGCUGUUAGGGGGGCUAGUAUUAUAUACGAUCUGGUCACGUCAAGUGGUGUUGCGGCUGGUCGACCGUUGCCGCCGUUUGUCCCACUGGGAAGCGAUGCCAAUGAGGCGAUUGUGAAGAGCGCGCUGGGCACUGUUGAUGAGGUUAGAGAGUGGGCGGAUGUUGCGCGGCUGAGUGAUUCUCCGCUGAAAUUAAAGGUAUGAGGUUAAAGGUAUGAGGGGGAUGCUUCGUCGGGGGUAGCAAUGCGAAAGUGUGAUGGUGUUAGUAAGUUGUUGUUGAGACCUGAUGCCAUUACGUCAAUGAGGUAACCUAGUACCUAUGUACCUAGACAAAAAGGUAAUAUAAUAUAUGCAUUAAAUGGGGCGAAUUAAAG